GAAAUCUAGCUAAAAUAUCUACGAAUUAGUCUAGUUCUUCUACAAAAAACAAUUUUUUAAUAUUCUGUUUUGGUUCAGAAACAAACCAUGUAGCGUCUCUCUGAUGUGUCAGAUUGUUUGCGACAGCAUUUCUGAAUUAAAUUAAUUAUUCUAUCGCAUUUAAUAAACAAGUCGAAUUUAAUACCUCAUCAGGGGCCUCUUCCUGUCUUAUGGCCGUGUUAAUAAACUGAAGAUAUGCAUUAUUAAACCUAUUUACUCUUCUUCUUAUUAUUAUUAUUCUUUUAAAUCGAAUGGUUAAGGAAACGCGAUAACGGUUUUUGAGAGGCCUCGAAGUUCCUGCUGUAAUACAGUGACUUUUGUUUGGACGUCAAGACAGUCGCAAACCAUUUGGUGGAAAUCAUCAUUCUCGACAAGUUUGGUCAUACCCGUCAUCACCGGUGAUGGUAACGCAUAAUGAUCAGAGUUUGCUUGCAUUUUGUUAAGUCACAAGUAGUAACGCGUUCGUGUUGUUAAAAAGACUACUUCGAGUCCUUUGCAGCUCGCGAAAAAAGUUUUGUGAGUUUUGGAUUGAUAUAAGUACACAUUGGGACUUCAACUGCGGAAAUGCUACUGUAGAAAAGGAUUUUCCGGACGUCCUACCAUGUGAACGGCCUCGCUAUAGUGAUAUGCCAGUGAGGAACAGUCCAAUAGGACACUGGCCUCACAGUAUGAGUUCCAUGCUAGCAUGUCUGGGUUGUACCAUCGGGCUUUUCAAUAUCAGCCGUUUCGCCAUCCUAUCAGUACAAUUUGGGGCUAACUUCAUCCUCCAAUUCUUCAUACUUUCAAUAAUAAUCGGCCUGCCGUUGUUUACACUCCAGUUAUGUCUCGGACAACAACUGGGAGCAGGUGUUAUAGACAUGUGGAGAAUUUCGCCCCUAUUUCAGGGAGUCGGGAUUGCUCUACUCGUUUCCCAAGCACUCAUAGGGUUGUACAGCAUCGUCGGAAUAUCUUGGAUGUUCGUGUUCUUUCGCGAUUCGUUUAUCACUAAAACUGAUCGGUACAGAUGGGCUGAACCAUUUAUCUAUUACAGAGAUGAUAUUAAGCAACCAAUAAAUGGAACGUUCAAAUUGUCGGAAACGGUUCCAGAUUAUUUCAGUGGCGUCGUUCUUCAGAGACACCAUUUAGCCGCUGGGAACGCCUAUUGCACAAUAAAAUUUCAAUUGGCCUUUAAUUUGGCCGUCGUUUGGAUGAUUGUCUUCGUUUCUUUAAGCAAAGGGCUUCGAUCCUACGGGAAGGUCAUCUACGUAUUUGUACUUCUUCCAGUCUUCGGCAUGUUCGUGGUUUGCGCCAAAAUGUUGGGCAUCAUGCCUUUUGAUCUCAUCUACAGUAUUUUUCCCGAAACAACAUGGAACGAAUUUUUUAUUAAUUCUAAGGUAAGUUGAUUCAUAAAGAAUGGGUUGAAGGAUUUCAAGGAAUCGAUAAAAUGGUUAGUAAAAGUAGUCUUAGCGAAACCAAGAAUAAGACUUCAUCAUCAUCAUAAGGUCGUCAGUCCUAAAACUGGUUGGAUACGCACCUCCAC